AUUUGGUGGAGUACUGUUCAACUACUUCAACUUAAGAAGUUAGGAUCGAAUUACCAGAGUGCGUAAACCGUGAAGUGAAGCAUUCGGGAUUUGAAUAUUUAAUAUUUGACAUUUGUAUUAGACAGAAAAGUUGUAAUAGACUAUUAUACCUAUGAUUGAAACUACGAAAGAUAUUUUAUAUAUAUUUUCUUAUACGCUGUUUUUGUGAUGUCAGUAGUUUAAUUAUAAAAUUUUUUGGCCAAGUGUUCAAUCACCCUCUUUUUUUAACAUUUAAUAUUUAAUAAGUGACGUUAAAAACUGUGUAGUUUUUAUUUGUUACCAAUCGGUUUCUACUCUUUACUAGAUAAUUGUUAUCUUCUUGUUCAUAAUAAUUUUAAUAAUAAUUUUUACAAAUGGAUCAAGAAAACCAGGGUGUUAUUUAUAUUGAAAAUUGGAAUGAUCUAUGUCGACUGUGUUUACGCAAUGAACAAACAUUGCAAAAUUUGUUCUUUGAAGAAACUCUAUUGGAAAAUAUUCAAGAAGUUACAAAUCUUCAUUUUAAUGUUGAGGAUUCUUUACCUAAUUCUAUAUGUAAAAUAUGCAUCGAACAAGUUAAUUCAUUUGUUGAAUUUCGAGUACGAUGUAAAGCUACAGAUGAAUGGCUACGAAAUGAAGCUGUGAUUUUGGAUAAUGAUCACAAGGAUUCUAUAGUAAUUGAUUCGGAAGAAAUUAAUAGUAAAGAUUUAUUAUUAGUGGAACCAGAUCAAUAUGAAGAACAGUUAAUUGAUGAUCCAGAAUCUAUUGAUAAUAAGCAAAUAGUUGAAAAUGAAAUUGAGUUAUCUCAUUGUAUUGUUCAAACAGAAGAGGUAAUGCAGAUGUCUGUUAAUGAAGAAGAAACAUUAGAAACUAAUACCAGUGAUCAUCAAUGUGCAAUUUGUGGUAAAGAGUUAUUGUCUGCUUAUACACUUGCAAACCACAUGCGUUCUCACACAGGAGAGCGUCCUUAUGGGUGCAGUGUAUGUGAAAAAUUCUUCAAGACUAAAUCCAAUUUAAAUGAACAUUACCGAGUUCACAAUCCGGAACUGCGUUGGAUGAAGACGUCGAGUAGGGACAUCCCGUCCAUAACCCGAGUGACGGUCACGUCCGAAGAUAUUCUGACGUGCGGCCAGUGUUCCAAAGUGUUCGUGUCGCUGGACGAGUUGUCCGCACACGAGCGCGUGCACGACGAUCAGCGGGAACAACCGGAACAGGUGGCGCAGACGGUCGCGGCGACAAUCGCACCGGCGGCAGUGGCGUCCGCGGUGACGACGACGUUCACUUGCGAACAAUGCAACAAACAUUUCACGUCGAAAUCGCAACUGUCCGCGCACAUAAGCAACAACUGUUCAGAAGCCGCGGAUCGGCAAUGCCCGUACUGCGGCAAGCAGUUCCGGUCGGUGGCCACGCUGGAGAACCACAAGCGGGUGCACACCAGGGAAAAACCGUUCACGUGCGAGCUGUGCGCCAAGCCGUUCCGGACCAAGGGAAAUCUGCUGGAGCACAAGCGCGUGCACAACAACAGCCUGUGGCUGAUCAAGAGCGACGCGAAGAUGACCGACCGCGACGCCGGUGCGGGUGGCGGUGGCGGCGACCAGCGGUUCCAGUGCACGUACUGUUCGAAACCGUUCCGGACGUACACGGCGCUGUUGAACCACGAGCGGGUGCAUACCCGCGAAAAGCCGUUCGAGUGUUCCGUGUGCGGCAAGUGUUUCCGGACCAAGUCCAACCUGACGGAGCACAUGAAGGGCUGUCACGACAUGGACUCGUCGGCCUGCGGCUCGGACGAGGUCCAAGUGUUCACGUUCAAGACCCAACCGGUGGCCGCCGCCGAGCUGGAGUCCACGUGACGUUACGCGUUCGUCGAGGCGCAGCGGUUGUAAAACGACGAUUUUUGUCGUUCGUGUCUUAUGCGAUUACUCGUGCACACAAUAUUAUAGGAUAGGUAAUUUUAUUUUUACAAGCAUUUAUACAUAUAACGAUAAUAAUGUUAUUUCG